UUCGUUAUGAAUUUUUACACCAAAUGCCUAAAAAGCAGACAAGUGUUGCUGUCGUUGGUGUGCAUCUUCCUUCCUAAAGAUAAGCAGGUGUAUACAUGAUGAUGAUGUGGCACCUCCUUUGGCCUUCUGUCCUCCUGGGAGUGUUUUUCAACAUUUGUCCAACAUGCCCUCUGGAAAUCCAGAAGGAAAGGAAACACUACUACGUCGCCAGGGGGUCAAGUGUCCAGCUACCUUGUGCGUACAGUCACACCCUGGACUCUAAGCAGUACACGGAGGUCUCGUGGAGUAUCGUGUCUGCAGACCGAGAGGAGCAACCCAUUAUUUGGUUUACAGGCGGCCGCUUGUAUUCCGAUUUGUACAAACCAAUGGAGGGGAGGGUCCAAUUCACAUCAGCCGAUCCCCAAAAUGGAGACGCGUCUAUCAACAUCAAAGAUGUACGUCCGUCAGACACGGAGAUGUACCGGUGUCUGGUGAAGAAGUUACCAGAACUGGACAAGAAGAUCUUAGACCUGACAGUCAUGGAGGCACCCAGUCAGCCUCUGUGCAGUGUGGACGAAGAAGACAACAGUAUGACGCUGAAAUGCAGCUCUCUGCAAGGCACCCCACCUUUGCAUUACAUCUGGUCCAAGACCAGUGGAAAUAAGGUCUUGCCUCCUCAGGCCACUGUGGACCCCACAGGAGCCACCUUGCAUUUCAACAUCACCGAGCGGGAGUGUGGAAGCUAUCGCUGCACGGUGGAAAGUAUGGUGGGCACCAAACACUGUGACCUUCACCUGGACUGUUCGCUGCCCCAGGACAACAAUGUGAGCAGUCCACGAUUGCUGACAACCACUGCAGUCGCUGCAGUGGUUGUCACUAUCACCACACUCUUCAUUGUCACAGUUGUCCUUGCCGUAUUCCUCUACCGCAAACGAAAAGAGCAACACCAGGACAUUGAAAUGGAAAAAUAA